AUGGCUGCUGCUCACCAUGCUGCUCAGGACUCAAGAUAUUCUCUUCCUCCUCCUCCACCCAACCCGUACAAUAACAGGCGCUUGCCUUCACUAAAAGAUCUCAAUUUUUCUUACCGUUUGCCGCCAUUGGCCCAGGACAGUCCCUCUUCUGGACAUGUAUCAGUAGCUGUCGAUCCUUCUGCUCAGUUGCAGGACCAUUCUGUGCGUCAGGACCAUGCCAUACGACAAGAGCAUGCAAUGCGACCGGAACAACCCAUGCGACAAGACCAUUCUGUGCGCCAGGACCAUCAAGUUCGUCAAGACAUUCGUCAGGAUCCGUCUCUCCGUCAUGUUGAACAAUGGCGACGCGCAAAUACACAUACUUCCAUCUCGCCGGCGUCGACUCACCAUCCCGAGCCUCAGCAGCAGCAUACCCCACCUUUGUCUGCGGGCCACGAACAGCCUGUACAUAAAAUUAUGGAUUAUUCACACCCAUCUUCAAGACAUGACCAUGGCGGCUAUGUUACGCCUGGGAUGCCGCUUUCUGGCCAAAUGACUCAAGCGCCAGCACCCAUGCCGAGCAGUAGUGGAACUGUGCGCGGCGGUGAUGAUUUGUCUCAUCUCCAUAGUCACCACAAACGAGCACGUACAAGUAGCUCGUCGUCUGUCGAUGUACCUCGCGAUGCUCGACCACCACCUCCUAUGUCGUAUUCUCCUGCUCAUUAUGCACAUACGCCUUAUAUGCAUCCUUCACAAUCUCACCAGGCGCAUCAACAGCCGCCGCACCAGCCGCCGCCGCCGCCUCACCCGUCGCACCAGCAGCAUCAGCAACAUCCGGCUAGUCCAUAUCAUCCUAUGCCGCCUGGCCCGCCGGUUCAUCCUAGUCCUUCUCCUCAUACUCACAAUAUGCACCACCAUAGUCCGGUGCAACCUCAUCCUGGAUAUGCGUCUUAUCAGCAGUCGUACAUGCCGCCUUCGCAGCCGCGACCACCAGAAGUUCAUCCUCAGCAUCCUCAUCACAUGAACCCGGCCUACCAGUCACCUGUUCAUCCUCCACCGCCACCACCUCAAGACCAUUGGGAGCAACAGCAUUCUCAGCCGCAUGCUCACCACCAUCCUCCUACGCCUUCUCAUCCUAUGCAUCAACAUCACAAUCAGCAACCUAUACCUGCCCCUGCACCUGUUCCCGCCCCUGCACCUGCUCCAGCACCUGCAGCUGUACCUGCCCCUGCCCCUCCACCGCCAGUCCAGCAGCAUCCUCAUCAGCACAUACAUCAGCAGCCUCAGCCCCAGACAAUGCAUGUUCCGGCUCCUCCUCCACCUGUUCAGCAGCCACAGCCGCAACCUUCUUUUACAAGAACCACGGCCUUGAUUCCCACUGAUGUUGAUACGCGAACGGCUUCUUAUCCUCCAAAUGGCGCCUCUGCUCGCGACAGCCUAGUUAAUGAGAUCAUCAAGCAUUGUUCGAUUUUAUAUUCAUUCGCCAGCCGUUAUGCACAAAUGCAAGCUAGCAUUCCUCAUUCUCAACCCUCUCCAGCAGAGUUGGCUGAUAUGCAACACCGAGCCAACUACGUUGUCCGACUUUUGGAAGAUCUUCGGCGACAGAUGCAACCCGACAGCGAGCAUGUCAGAACUGACAGCCCGGUGACUGUCAGGUCUCCCGAUGAUCAUCGGCAACCUAAGCGGCCAUGGGAAGAUAUGUCUCAUGAUGGUGCUACGGGCGAAACCGAAGGACCCUACCCUGAGGAAUAUGCUUCGCCGGAUCCUCCACCCAAAGCACCGUCUGCGGCUGAACUUGACAUGGAGCUAAUACGUAGCAAACGUGCGACAAGUACUGCCGGAGGCGGUGGUUCAAUUGGUCAGACGAAGAACAAGUACAGGAAGCGAAGCCGGGCCACUCCUCCAGGAAAAUGCCACUCCUGUAAUAUAAGGGAGACGCCAGAAUGGCGCAGAGGGCCUGACGGGGCGAGGACCCUUUGCAAUGCAUGUGGUCUCCACUAUGCGAAGCUAAUGCGGAAGCAAGAUAAACAGCACAACGGUGCUGAACCACCCCGUAUCGAUAUGGAUACACUUCGUGCUUCUGCACGGGCAGCAGAGCAGGACAAGUCACAUUCCCGGUCGGCCAAGCAUCAAGCACGGCGAAAAACCGAGCCGGAAUCACCUAUUGAGAGGCCUUCGACGUCUCAGCAGGCUCAACACCAUCAAAGUUCCUUCCAGCUUGUGCCCGUGGCUCCCGCGCAGGAGCAGUCUCCUAUCUCUGAUGCUAGUCGUCUAUCAUCACAACCCAGUAUUCACCCUCCUCCCCCUCCCCAGACCUCGAUGGCUGCUCCUCCCCCACCUUGGGCGACUAACAACCGUUCAUACUCAUCGGAGCAGAUGCAGCCCCAAUCUUUUGUGAGAACAGCGCACUCCCACCCCCCUACGCGUUAGGUAUUUUGUCGCUUUAUCUGUUAUAACUCUCAGACGCCUGUUUUCCUAUCUGCCCAUAUCGAAUAAACGACCUAUAUUGCACGUCUAGCUCGUCAAUUCCAUGUUUGCUACCAUCAUUACCUUCAUUUCUCUGCAUCGUUGUUCCAUUGGGUUCUGUGCAUAAUCACUCGUGUUGUUCACCGUGUUCACAUUUUUACGAGAUCUUAUUAAUGCUUUAGUGUUAGCAUAACAUCCUUCUGUCUGUUGAACGUUGAACACUUGUAAUGUGUAGUAAGUACAUAGUAUUUUCAUAUGCGUAUUAUUUUUAUCCUUGGGGAUGCUGCCUUUGCGAAACGUUGGAUCUAACUCGG